AUAUUUGUUAUUGUUUAUAUUCGAUAACAAAAUAAUGAAAAUUAUAUUUUGAAUGUUUUUCUCAAAUUUUCAUGAAUUUCCUGUAAAGACAAUUUAACCUGAAUAAACUUAAUUCUUAAAUCUUAUACAACUAGCAAGCCUAAAUCCAUUAGAAGAAAAAUGACUGGUAAAAAGAAGCCUGCAAGUUCUACAGAUUCCUCAACAGAAUCAUCAUCAGGAAGUUCAUCAUCUAGUUCCUCAGCAACUGGUACUAAUUCAAGUUCAUCAAGUGAUUCUGAUUCAUCUAGUUCACAAGAAUCAACCAGAAACUCCUCAAAUGAAUCGGGAAAAAAGACUGCUCCUCCUCAGAAAAGUCAGAGAAAAAGCACUGAAAACUCAAAACCUACAUCUUCAACAGCCAAACCAGAACAAAAAUCAGGUUGUAAGAAAAGUCAGACAGGAAAAUCACCUAGUAAAACGCAGCAGAAACCGGUAUCUGCUGAUUCGACUGAGGAUGAAGAGGAAAGACCAAAACAGGUAAAACGUAAAAGUAAUGUAAAACCAAAAGCAAGUGCGACAAUAAAUCCAAAACAACCUGCUACUAGUAACUCAUCGAAUCGAGAAAAAAGCUCAAAUCAGAAAUCCUCUGGAGGGAAGACAGUUCCGCCUUCAAAAGGUAAAGGUAAAGAAGUAGCACGGCCAAAAACUAAAAGCACCUCCAAGGUGAUAGACCCCAAAAAGAAAAGCAUCUUUUCACCAGAAAAUAGUUCAGACUCUGAGGGAGGAAAGCCUUCUAAUAAGGGGCCAAGUAAAUCAGUUUCUCAGGCAAAACCUAAAGCUGAACCAAGGCCAAAGGCAGCAGCCAAACCAGUUGAAAAGGCAAGAAAUGAAAGGAAAAAGGAGGAUUCCCCUGAAAAGAAGUCUGCAGAUGAAACUACAGCUAGCUCGGCUACUUCAACCACUGGUACAAGCAGUAGUAGUGAAACCGACUCGAGUGCAGACGAUUCAGAAAAUGACAGGAAAGUUGCCGUUAAGAAACCUGUAAAAAAGCCAAGUGUUGUUGCAAAAGAAAAUGGAGCUGGCUCUGAGUCUGAAGCUGAAUCUAAUAAAAAACAGGUUACUAGAAAGUCAACCCGUUCAGCAAGCACCAGAAAAUCCAAACACGUCCUAGGGAAAAAUCAAUAUUCCGACACAGAUUCGGAAUCGGAAAGCACCAAACGAUCUUUAAGUAGAUCUCCUGUGAAAAAAGCACCGGGAACAACAAAAGGAAAAACGAAAAACAACAAGAAAAACGACGCAAAAUCUAAAAUUAACGAGGUAGUAUUCGUCGAACGGCAGUGUCCUUUGGAAGGAUGCGACAGUAUGGGACAUUUAAGUGGGAAAUUCGAAAAGCAUUUCGUCUUGGAAGCCUGCCCCACCUAUCAUAAUAUUACGUUUGCAAAGUGCAAAAGUGAGUUAAACGAACGUAAAAAGCGAGAGGAACUGCGAUCAAAGGCCCUUGAACAAUUCAAUAAAUCGCCUGGACCUAAUUCAACGCAUGACCAGAAACAGUAUCUUACUAAAAUAAAGGAUUUAAGAAAUAAAUUUAAGCAAGAAAAGGAACCUGUUGAAGAUAUUAAACCGACGAUCAAUAAAAAUAAGGAACCAGACUUGAACAAUUUUGUGCCAGAAUACGAUCUAAAGUUGUUUAGAGACGCUCAGGCUUUGGCGAGUGAGAAAAUUGAGGCAGAAUUAAAAAUGCUGCCCAGCACAAAGGGCACAAAAUCAAUUGAAAUGGGCAAAUUCGAAAUGGAAGUGUGGUACCAGAGCCCAUACCCCGAAGACUACGCCAGAUUACCGAAAUUGUACAUAUGCGAGUUCUGUCUGCGUUACAUGAAAUCUCGGACUAUUUUAGAGCGGCACGUUAUUAAAUGCGUGUGGAAACAUCCGCCCGGAGACGAAGUUUAUAGGAAAGAUAAAGUUAGCGUCUGGGAGGUCGAUGGUAAAAAGUACAAACAAUAUUGCCAAAAUCUUUGUCUGUUGGCGAAGUUCUUUUUAGACCAUAAAACCCUUUACUACGACGUAGAACCAUUUUUAUUUUACAUUAUGACCCUCCAUGAUAACGAAGGGUGUCAUACAGUAGGAUAUUUUAGUAAGGAGAAAAACUCAUUUUUAAAUUACAACGUUUCUUGUAUAUUAACUUUACCUCCCUACCAGCGCCAGGGAUAUGGACGAUUGCUGAUAGAUUUUAGUUAUCUGUUGACACGGGUGGAAGGUAAAAUAGGAUCUCCGGAAAAACCACUGAGCGAUUUGGGAUUAAUAUCCUACCGAUCUUAUUGGAAAGAUGUGCUGCUUAAUUAUCUGUGUUCUCGGGCUGGUACUACGUUAUCUGUGAAAGAUAUUAGUCAGGAGAUGGCGAUCCAUUCAUACGACAUCGUAUCAACACUGCAGGCCUUAGGGAUGAUGAAAUAUUGGAAGGGCAAACAUAUAAUUUUAAAGAAACAGGAUGUGCUCGACGAAUACGUCGAACGGGUGCAAAGGCGUGCCUCGCAACAGAAGGAAAUCGAUCCCACUUGCUUGAGAUGGAUACCGCCGCAAAGUCAAACGUCCGUAUGAGAAUCGGAGUAAUUUUUAGUUCUGGUUUUAUCGUUAUUUUGCGGUGGUUUAGAGUUUUUAUGGCCGAUGGGACUAUUUGGUAUGGAAAUGGAAACGGUUUAGUAUUAUGUUAGAUCUAGUUUUAACUUUUAUAUUAAUUCUUUAUAGAUAUACAUUAUUGUAUGUCUUUUUUAGGCAUGUUCAAGUAACUAAAGAAAUUGUAAAUGUUUUGACAAUCCUAAAAUUUUUUAAUAAACGUUUUAAAUGCAUACUGUUGGCUGUAAAGUUGAAUAAUGAAUAAUUAUAUGCUGUCUUACAAAAGGCAGCUACAAAUAAUAAAAACCUUUUCUAAAAAUUAGAAAAAAAAAUUAUCUAACCAUAAUAUUUGUAAUAUAAAAAAUAUUAUUUUGUUAUCAAGAUAUUUUAAAAUUUGUUUUUAAAGGAAAAGAAAGGGAACUCUUAAAAGUUGGCCGGGAGUUCAUUAAGUACUUUUAUAGACGAAUAGGAAAAUGAUCUUUUUGAAAAUGAUGAUGUUCGGUGUCUUUGGCGAUUUCAAAUUUAGUAUUAUUUCUAGUCGGCAAGUGUAUGUUAUUUCAAACUAGUAUUUAUUCGUACAGGUGCUCGGGUUUUCAAGUUUUUAACAAUCUAUGAAGGAGGCAGCCAAAAUCAAGCUUUUCUCUAGCCUUAAUAUUAAGCCAGUUUAAUUCUUUGAGCAUAUGGCUACAUAAUCUUUCUUCCUAAGAUUACAAAUAAAACGAACGCACCAAUUUUGUAUUUUUUUGCAAGGAAUUUUGAGCUUCUAUAUCUAAAUACGAAUCAUACAAAAUUACAACGUGAGAGCACAAGCGAGUCAUAAAUAUUUAUUUAGCUUAAAAUCUGGUCAUCAUGUUGACCAAAAAACAUUACUGCUGAGUUUUUUGGGUUUAUUUCAUGACCAUUGGUAUUUGGGAAAUUAAAUAUAUUAUUUAAACAUUGAUUGAUAUUUUGUUGAUUUGCUGAAUGUCGUUAUUCAUUUACUGUAAUCACAAUAUUGUGCCACAUCACACGCAGGAUCAUACCGGUUGAUAUCCAUGGUGUUAAUUGAAGGGCUUGGGGCAACAAGGUACUUAAGCAUUAUUUUACUGAAAAUCGAGAUUUCUUUAUUAUUUAACUGUGCACAAAGGUCACAAGCCAUUUGCAGAGUAAUAUAAAAUAUUUUGUUGUCUAUGCAGAAUUUUUUGGAUAUUUUCAGUCAACAACAUAGCGGUUAGACAAUUUGUCUGAAAUUACUGUUAGUGCAAAUCAUAGUAUAGCAGACAGAGAUAGUGAGCCUGAAUCACUAUCUGAAUCUGAAAUAACAAUAAGUAAAAAAAAAUGUGGCUUAUGCCUUUUUUGGCCGUAAUUUUAGGUGAGCAUGUGUGUCAUUAAAUAUCUCAAAAAAGAUUUUGUUUGGGUGUCCAACCAAUUUGUAUAAAAACAGAAAAAUUCAGAAAACAGUUACAGUUACAUACAUAUUGGAAAGAAACUUGCUACCUUAUGAAAAAAGUUUGUGUAUUGGAAUGGCCUUCCGGAUCACCCGAUUUGAACCUUAUAGAGAAUCUUUGGCCGCACAGAAUAACAAAUUAGAAAAAGAAACAUCAAAAACCUAGAAGAUCUAUGGCUAGUAUUUUUUAAAGACUACUGAUAAUCAAAAAUGUGCUAAAUAAUAUUUUUAAACUUCAGUAUUUCUUAAUAUAACCCAAGAAUUUCGAAAACUUACUCUACAAAGCUAGCAUUUUUGAAUGUAUUUUAUUAAUAAUAAAAAGUGUAGUUUUAUUUGACGAGAAAACGACAUAUGACAUAUAAAGUCGUUUUUCUAAAAAUUACCAAAUGUACUUAUGUACCUUGUUGUCGAGUUAUGUAUCUUGUGCCCAGCGCUUCAAUUAUGAAUCACACAAGUAGUACAAUUGACUCCUUUUUGAUUUAUUUUGAUUAAUAAUUGGACGUAGUUAUGCAUAACGCGACCAAGCGCCAGAAUGACAAUUGUGGGAAAACACAAUUAAGUUUCGAAUUCCCUUAAAAAUCGAUAAAAUCUAAUACAGAUCUAUUUUUUGCAAGCUAUCAUCCAAGACACUAUUUCAAAUUAUACUAUCUAAGUUUUUAGCAAAAAAUAAUAAAUUUUAGAAGUUAUGAUAAAAAAUGUCACCUAGCCUGGUUAUGCUUUUUUACUUAUUAUUAGGUUUUUUAUUUUACAAAAUUGAACCACACGCCAAACUUGUCGCAUAGCGCGUUUAUGCAAUGCCACGUAUUUUCUUUUUAGACUGUAUAUUUCGACUAUUUUUCAUUAAGGUAGUUUAUGAACAGAUGAAAAUUUUGUUAGGAACACCGACUUAAAAUGAAUAGUGACUAUUUAAAACCCUUACAAAUCUUUUAGAAAAUCCUGUAAAAGCACUUUUUAUUAUAGAGUAAAAAACAAUAUUACAGUAAAACUAAACCAUUUUAUUUUCUAACAUAAUAAGCUAAGCAAAUUACAACUGCAUAGCUAUAGCAUACCAUGAAUUUGAAGUAUCAAAUAAAACUAGAGUUUCUUUGUAACAACUAACGAUUACCUAAAAAAUUCUAUUACUGCCCCAUUUCAUAGUAGCACUAGAGAGUUUGGUAUCUACUUACCUCUAAAUUUAUUUCAUAUGCGCGAUUUAGUAUAAUAGCAGUCCGUUUCAGCACUUUUUUUUAAAUUUGAAUUAAAACACUCAAAAAACGUCAGUUGAUAUUUCCUAGCUAAGUUCGGUAAAUGCAUCUGCGAGAAAAAUGAACAAAAUUUGACAAAUAUCACGUGAUAUAUUACCUAUUUUUCGGUGCCAUAUCGCGUAACCGAAUUUAACUGCUAUUUGCAUUACUAAGCCAAGCUCCCUGUAUCAUGGCGUUUAAUUGACCUAUGCAAUUUCGUGGCCUUUAGUCGUUUUAUGCAAAAUUCAGCUAGUGUUAUCUACCAUUUGGUGCUUAGUUUAAAUCCUUAACUAUAGAUUUCUAACGCUCAAAAAAACGAAUUUGGCGCUUGGUCGCGUUAUGCAUAACUAUGUCCAAUUGUACUUUAAUCACUUUUGGUUAAAUCUUUGAAAAAGUUUGGCGUUUUUGUAUUAAAACUAUAAUAAGAAAGCUUGGCACAAACAAGCAAGGGUAUCAAAUAUUAAGUUUUGAAAAAAUUCUCGUAUCUACGGCGCAACCCCAUAUACUCUUAGUUUUUCCUUGGAAUGUUAGAAAAUCAAUAACUUACUACGGCUCUAGAUAUACGGUUAUUCUCAUCCGCCAUAUUGGUCCAUGCGAGGUGGGGAGCGUUGCAUUUUGUCAUCAAAUGAAAAAUAUGCCAGCUAUUGCUGAGGGCCAACUUCGUCAAAUUCAGAAACUAAAAGUUUUCGGGUCUUCAGAUUUCCAUCUGCUUCAAGUGACAACGAACAAAGGAAAAAGUGGAUUCAAAAUAUGAGUCGAGAUAAAUAGGAUUCUUGCUUAAGGUGCUUAAAAGUAACAACGCAAAUUGUUGUAAGAACCGCAGUGCCUACUUUGUUUUUGUUUGAUGUGCCAAAUCAACAUCCUGGACCUAGAAAAUCAUUGUAUAAGGUAAAACAUAACGAAUUAUAAAUUUGGCAAAUAAUUAACGUAUGCACUGGGACUGCGUUUGACUUAUAAUGUCCUGCGAUAAGUGUUUAAGAGUUUAUGUAGUAACAAUCCCAGGCAAACGUUUGCGGCUCUAAAAGUAACCACUUUUAUAGGCUCAAAAAUGGUAGAAUGGGUAGAUUCAGAUUAUUUAAAAACAGAUGUACGUACAACCCACGUUGGAUCACGUGGAUCCAUGUUUUCCAUAUAGAUGCUAUGUUGAUCAGCGUCUCAAAUUAUUAACAGAUUUCAUAUUGAUCUGCAUAGAGCAAUAUGGAUUCACCUAAACAUUAUGGUUUUUUUUGUUUUAAUACAACUCUCAGGGCACUUGACAAUUUUGAACGACGUCUCUUUGUAAUCUGUCUGUCAAUUGUACAAUUGGUCAAAUUAAAAAUUUGCUCCAGACCAUUGAACGUGAACAUGAUAUUAUUUUGUGGUAUUAUUAUCUUUUACAAAACCGACAAUUGUGGGAUAAACUUGAAAAAAAUCCAAAAGUUGUAAAGCAAAAUUUACUGACUUAGCUCAUAGUAUUAAAGUUUUCUAUGGGUAAUAUUUGCAUUACCCCUUUGUCAGAAAAUUUUACAUUAAAAUUUCACAUAAUAAUAGGCAUGUUUUGUAAAUUUGCAUUAAAGUAAUUGCCUUUGACAACCGAAAUCUCAUUUCUUAGAUAAACGAACUGUAAGUUAUUGUCAUGAAAUAAAUAAAAAAAUCAGAUAAUUAAUUUCCAAUGAAUACUAACUAAGACUAAUAACUAAGGGUAAUGUCGUAUAAGAGUACGCACUUAGUGAAAACUCUAAAAUAAUUUCUCAGUUUUAGGCGAAGUGUAAAUUUUUAAAAUUUUAUAAUAUAAAGUAAUCACAGUCAAAUAUGUUAUGCUAUACAUUGUAAGACAAAAAGGAGAUAUUCAAAUAUUUUUAAAAGUCUUCAGAUGCGUGUUCUUAUGCACAUUUAUAAGAGUACGCACUAUAUCUUUCUCUAAAAUAUGGUUGCACGUCAUGUUAUAUUUGAUUGUUUACUAAUAAAAUAAAAAGAUUUCAUAUAGAAAAGGUAAGUUUAUUAAAAGUUAUAAAAAAUUAAACAUUAUUCCUUAAAGGAAAAUGAAAAACGUAGUAUCUGCUUAAAGUCGUCACUCUGAACAAUUAAAACAAACAAAAUCUCCCAUUACAUAUGUGGUGCAAGAUUCAUGCCACCAACUGUUACACCAAGAACACAUAAUCCAGUCAUCAUCUUCAAAAGAUUCUGAGUACAAUUCUCCACAUCCUGGGCAACGUUCUUCCUUUUCGACAUCUUUAUUAGUUUUCUUUUUUGCCUUUUUUUGUUUUCUGAGAUUUUGAGCCAGUAACAACUAGUUUUCUCUUUGCUGCUUCGAUUUUUUUUCUUCUUUUCCUUUUUUAAUUCCGGCAAGUUCUUGAAGUUUAUCUUUGAAUGGAGUACUAGAGAGUAUUUUGGAUUUCUGUGAUCUUGAUCUAGGGAGAUUUGGUUUUUCUUUUAUUUGCGGCAAAGGUAAAAUUUCUGGAGCUGGGAUCGACCGAUUUAAAGCCUAAAAAGUAGACGAAUUCUUCGAUAUAAGUAUCCCGUCUUCACAGACUAUAUCAAGGCUGGCAAUAUCCAACGAUGGAGGUGUUGCAUGUAUCGAAAUACUCGUGGAAGGUUCGGGAUCAUCUAUUUCCACCACAACUUCAUCAUUGAGCUGGCCAUUCUCUGUAUAAUUGGGUGCGUCUGUUAUAUUAGUGGGUGCGUCCGGAGUAUUAAAAGGUGAGUCUGUCACACAGGAAGGGGCAAAAUCAUCAUCGUUAAACUGAUCCGGAUUAUAGGGAUAUAUUCCGGAAGCUCUGAGUGAGUUUUCUGAUUUUCCAAUAUUGGCGACGCUGGUGUAAUAAAAAUACGCUUGGUUAAAUAGUCCGGCAACUUGCAUCUGCGUUAUUACCUUUCCAGGGUUACUUACCAUCAACUUAUAACACUCUCUACUGUAAGCACACUUUAAUAGGCCAAAGAAACCACCAUCCAAUGGCUUGCAUGAGGUGGUAGAGAGAGUAAAUCAAUAUAGUUAUCCCUGCAGAAGUUUAUUGCAUCUAGAUCACGGUGAGAGGAAUGGUUGUCGAAGAUCAACAGUACUUAAUUUUCGGCACUAGGUUUGCUGUAGCUCUUGAAAUGCCGCAACCACUGACAAAAUAAUUCUUUGUUUAUAAACCCAGAGUCCGAUAUCACUUUGCAGGUACGAGUAGGUGCAUUUAAAAAGAGCUCAUCUUUCAUCUGUUUUCUAAAAAAUAUCAUAGCCGGAGGAAUAUAUGUCCCCGUAACGCUAAAACAACAUACCGCUGUAACGAGCUGUCCCCGAUCUGCACUAGCUACUUUUCCAACCAGUUUUGUUGCCUUUGCUGGAUAAAACCUUGGGUAAUUUAUUAGGUACUGUGGAUACCCCUGUUUCGUCCAUGUUGUAUAUUGAAUUUGGUAGGUAGUUUCUUUUUUCAUAAAGAGUCUUUAAGAUUUUUAAAAAACCUACCUAUCUACCUGGCUUUUAUUGAAACCCAUUAUUCAACCCAUUGAACAUUUUUCUGGCUGCCGAAGUACUAUUUUGUGUCUUUGACAAAACCCUUUGACCCACGAUUCACCUGCCAUUUUUUUAAUAUUGCUGUGAACCUUACUAUGAACCUGUGCCGAAGUUUGUUAGCUUCAGCAAACUUAUAAGCCGCUAUUUUCAAAUCUUUCUUGGUAAUCCCAUAAAAUCUAAAAUCCAGGUCCCUUACUUGUUAGGUAUAUCAGUUUUGAAUCGUCCUAAGGAGCUGGGGAUCGUUCCUGCUUUUAACCGUUUUCUUAAUAUUGCUUCAAUUAUUCCCAUUUCCCUGGCUAUACUUCUUUCACUAAAACCAUCUGCAAUUUUUUGCCUAAUCUCUUCCAUAUUGCCUUCGGUGAACACUAGCUUCCGCUCACUUUUUCUUUUGUAACGGCUCAUAUUUCAAAUUUGUUAAUCUAAAAAAAAACGCUGAUUUCUAUGCUAUAUUCACUAGAGCUUUAUUACUUAUAAGAGCACGCACUGCAAAGUCUAAGAGGACGCACUGCGUACUCUUAUGCAUUGCUUACUGCGUACUCUUGUGCAUAUGUUGAUAAUUUUAGAUUUUGCUUAAUAUCUUCAUUAUUAACCUACUUCUUGCUAAAUUUUAGCCACGCAAACAACAACAAAACAGGUUUUUUAAAACAGGUGUGUCGAUAAUGUAUAUUUCUAUUUUUGUAUCCAGUGUCGUAUGCUAUUUAGAACAUGACUGACUGCAUAGAUAAUUUAAUAGAUGGCGAUAUGUAUUAAAAAUAAGCCUGGGUACUCUUACACUCAUGCGUACUCUUAUACAACAUUACCCUAAUUCUUCUGCUUGAAUGUAUAAAAAUUGUAGUUAAUCCGUUUUGGAUAGAUUUUUCCAAUGAAGGUUUGUCUCUGUUUUACACCAAUUUAUCAACUAAAUCAAAACUAUAUAAUAGAGUGAAAUUGCCCGCUGCAGUUGUAAAAUAAUAUAUUUUGAACUAAUUACCAAUAUUGACAAACUAUGAUACUAAAAAUCAGUUCAAUUUUCUGCGGAGUAAAUCAUGUUACUUUUCACUCCAGAAAAAUGAUCAAUGUAACAUACUUGGAGUAAGUAUUUGUAACAUUCAUCAUAACAAUUUUGCACCGAAUUAAAGGGACGAUUGCAUAACUUUUAAAACAGUAACUUUAGUUGUACUUUCUUAAGAUUCUUCCAAUUAGUGUAUUGGAGUAGUGACUCGCAACAACAUUACGCAUUCAUGCCAACUGCUGUUCGAGCACCUCAUUUUCCUUGGCAAUCAGUAAUUUACGGUGAGCGCAUUUCUCACAAGUCACAAGAAUCACUUUGCCUCAACAUUUCUUCGUCCGUGCAAUGCAGUUCAGCAUGUAAUCUUACGUUACACAGGUUUUUAAAAUGUACCAUAAUCAUGAUAAAAUUAAAAUUACCUUUAUCAAUACAUUUUUCGAGUCAACCGUUAUAACCAGAUUCCUUUUUACCAAGUGUGUCAAACUGUAACAGCAACCAGCAUUAAAAUGUAGAUCAAAAAAAUACUGCAGUGCCAUCAAAUAUCAAAAUGUGAAUUCAAUUUUACAUUUGUUGUUUGUUUGCCUUCAGAAAUGCUCUUUGUAAACUUCCUCGCUCUUCAUGGCAUUAUAUCUAAGAAGUUAAGUUAAGGCGUAAUUCCCUGUGAGUUGCAAAUAAAAACAAUGAUUACUUUAAAAAACCUCAGCUUAUUUUACCAAAAUUCAUGACCAAAUGCACAUAUGUAUUCAAUCUGAGCAGAAAAAUUGAAGCUAAUCUGAUAAUUGUUUACACUUUUGACGGUACGUUUCUAAAAUACUUUCGCUUCUCCAGGUACUGCUCAAAUUGAUGAAAGCACAUUUGCAAGAAUUAUUAUUAUAAUUAACCUUCAAUAUAGACAACACGCAAUUUUUUCCGUCAUAGGUAGAUAUGUGAAAUCGUCGACAACUACGUGAAACGCAUUUACGCCGUAAAAAAAAACGGUUCUCUACAAAUCAAUGAUCAAUGGACGAGGUCGCAUAAACCCUGCAAAACACUAUUAGACCCUCGAAAACAUUCACAAUAAACAAUUUCCCAAAAAAAUUGCGAAAUUCGCAGUGCGAUUUUUCGCGCAGUAUGAACCAAUAUGGCGGAUAAGAGUGCAUGUACAUCUAGAGCCCUAAGGUUACUUCUUUACAAGCAGUCUUUAGUUUGCAUUAAACCAGCCAACUGAAAAACAAUGCCAAUUCUUUUCCAGUUGGCUGGCUGCUAAAAACAAAUACGAAUUAAAAAUGUACCUUUAACUGAAAACAAAGAAUUUUCUUUUUUCUUCCAAUGCACUGAUCGCAUGCUUUCUGGCCCCAAAAAUAAAAAAAACACUCAACAUACAGUAAUUUCCCAAUCGCCGGCUGUGUUGUCCUCUACCAUAAAUUAAGAAAACUACAAAAUCAGUCACCUAUAUACAGGCCAAAGUCAUCAGUUUAUAUUAUAUUUGGCGAAAUGGUACUAUGAAUAGUUUUAACAAAUAAGUAUCUAUUCCAAGUUACCAACAGUAUUCCAAAUUAUCACUUUCUCUAUACUCUACUUUUCUCUAUACUCAAAUGUUAAUGUUAACAUAAGGCAAUAUGUAUAAAUGCGAAUUACGAAAUGUAAAUAAAUUGUACUUAUCUAGGUAUUAUUUAUAUUUAUCGCAUAAUUAUAUAUUUAUUUAGUAAAGACUAAUUAAUUUCUU